UGAAAUCCGUUGCAACGGCUUGAAUUUGAAUUCUACCAUUCUCUUGACGCAGUCAAAUUCCAUACAAAAAAAAUUUAGACUGCCGCAUCCCAAACGGAAAGAUUUUUGAUGCGGCUUGCAUAGUUGUAAAAUAUUGAGGUAAUAUCCUUGCAAAAGUCCUCCCACAGUGAUUAAAAGUUUGUGGAGAGUGUGCUGGUGAAUUGCCGAUUGGAUUAAAGCCAGAAAGUCAGGAAAAAUUGAUUUUCAGGGAACCUUCUCCAAGAUCCAAAAAGUGCAAAAAUAAUCGCAACAGUCGCGUGAAGUUUUUUUUGCGGCCGGGAUUCAGGGAGAAAAAAAAUGGCAUCGAAGCAGGGAAAAAUUGACGGAGGAGGGCAAAUGUUGGAGUCGACCAAGAAUGCGCGAAUGGCAACGAGAUCCAAGGCUUGCAGCAGUCUCACUGACCAAAAUGUGAUGGUAACGCGCAAUAAGCGGAAAGCAGACCCCAGUCCCCUCAAAAAUGACAAAGUUAAGCGAUCAGCCCUGGGGAAUCUCACAAAUGCCACCGUGGAGUUGGUUGACAACAAACUGGCCUCCAAGGCCGUCUCAAUGAUCCAGCCCGUGAAGAAAGCCAUCAAGUCCGCUGUCCAGGGGAAGAAGAAGACUGCCACGGUCACAAAGCCUGCCAAGGAGGCUACAGUGACCAAGAAGACCAAGACUGAAUUGCCGGAAUUGCCACAGUUCGUGCCACUUCUAGAUAAGCAGCAUGUAGAUGAGGCUGCUGAUAUUCUGGAGGAAUUGCCGUCAAUUAAGAGGCCAGUGACGCGUGCUGCGGCAGCUCGCAAUGCUGGAGCAAUUGAGACGACUGCCAUGAAGCCAAAGGAUCCAUUUGAAGCUACCAAAGUAGCGCCCAUCAGGCGAAUCUCUAAUGAGUUCGAGAAGACCAGCGAGAGUGUCUACAUGUCGGCUCUGGAUGAGACGCCAAGUAGCUCAAGGUGGUCCGUGAGUACAAAUCAGAGUGUCAGCGAUGGGCAGAGUCGUUCGAGUGUGUCCAGUGGUGAUGAUGACAAACAACUCCUUCAUGUACCGACUCCGUCCAAAAUUGAACGAGAUCCCGUUCCGGAGGGUGUUGUUGAUUUUGACAAGGAGAAUCUCAUGGAUCCAUUUCAGGUGUCUGAAUAUGCUCCGGAUAUUUUUGAGUAUCUGCGGGAUCGAGAGAAACUCUUUCCCAUUGAUCCAUACAUGGACAGACAGCCAUCACUGUCCGUGUGGAUGAGGGCUCUUCUGGUGGAUUGGAUGGUGGAGGUACAGGAGUCUUUUGAACUCAAUCAUGAGACACUGUAUCUGGCUGUUAAACUUGUGGAUAUGUAUCUGUCAAAGGAGGUGGUGUCCAAGGAGAAACUUCAACUCCUUGGAGCUACUUCAAUGUUGAUCUCAUGUAAAUUCGAUGAGCGCGUUCCACCGCUCAUUGAUGAUUUUCUCUAUGUCUGCGAUGGUGCAUACAGUAGCAGAGAACUCAUUACCAUGGAACGGAAUAUCCUCAAGACGAUAGGUUUUGAUUUGGGCAUUCCACUCUCCUAUAGAUUCCUCAGGCGCUAUGCAAGGUGUGGAAAAAUUGAUAUGCCCGUUCUGACAUUAGCUCGUUACAUCCUGGAACUCUCCCUCAUGGAUUACGAUACAAUUGCACUGAGUGACUCGAAGAUGGCAGCUGCUGCUCUCUACAUUGCUCUCAAAAUGACUGGAACCAGAGACUGGGACAAAACUCUUGAAUACUACUCAGGUUACAAAGUAAGGGACUUCUUUCGUGUGGCAGUUCUCCUCAACAAUGGCCUUCAUAAGAAAUUCAAAAAUUCACUGUCGACGAUAAAGAAGAAAUAUUCUCACAAAAUCUUCCACGAAGUGUCCAAGAAGCCCCUGAUAAAGAGUGUCCAACUCUGUGGGAAUCACGUGACCAUGCAGGAGUUUAUGGACUGCGCUUAGAAUGGGAUUAUUUGUAGAAAAAAAAACCUAGGGUAUCUUUUUUUUUAAGAAAUAACGAGAGAGAGUGUUUAGGAGAGUGAAGCGCAUCGACGCUAUUCUUACGGAGAUUUCCCACCUUACCAUCGUCAUAUUUUUUUAUUGAUGAAAUUCUAUGUGUACUCGUUGAUGGAUCCCUUCCUCCCUCAAAAAUUUUGCGUAUUUAUCUUUAAGUGUUUUUUAUCCGAUUUUUUUGUAUUAAAAUAAAUUUUUGUCAAGUGAAUAGCUUGAACAGAAAAAAUGUAAUUACACGA